GAAAGAGAUCUAGAGAGAGAAAGAUAUUGAAGAGGGAGACUUUAGAGAGAGAUGGGUCGAGCACCGUGCUGCGAUAAGGCGAACGUGAAGAAGGGGCCAUGGUCGCCGGAGGAGGAUGCAAAGCUCAAGGCUUACAUAGAGGAGAAUGGAACUGGUGGCAACUGGAUUGCUCUCCCUCAAAAGAUUGGUCUAAAGAGAUGCGGCAAAAGCUGUAGACUCAGAUGGCUCAACUACCUCAGGCCUAACAUCAAGCAUGGUGGCUUCUCUGAAGAAGAAGAUCAAAUCAUCUGCAGCCUCUACAUCAGCAUCGGAAGCAGGUGGUCCAUAAUUGCUGCCCAACUUCCUGGUAGAACCGAUAAUGACAUCAAGAACUACUGGAACACUAGGCUGAAGAAGAAGCUCCUUGGACGCCGUAAGGAUCCAUCUCAAUCUCGCCGCUCAUUCUCCCUCAAUCAAGAACUCAGCUCUCAUGCCGACAAGCCAUCACAAACCCUAAGCUCGACUGCUCUUGAGAGGAUGCAACUCCAUUUACAGCUCCAAGGCCUCAACAACCCCUUCUCUUUUUAUAACAAUCCUGCACUAUGGCCUAAAUUCAAUCCUCUUGGGAGUCAGCCAGUGUAUAAUCCCACAUCCGAACAAAAUGAGCAAUCUUUGAUUCCAUCGAUGCCUUCAGAUGAACCUAGUUAUCCACCGCUGAGUGCUGGAACGCAAGAAGAUUUCAGCUGUGAGAGUUCUUCGAACUUUAAUUCUCUGAACGACGAGCUUCAGAACUUGAUUUAUGGCAAUAACGGCAUAGCUGAGCUUGAGAAGGAGAAUGUGAAUUGGUUUGGUAAUGAGUUUGAUUCCUUAAUGCUGCAGGAGAAUCAUGUGUUAGGGUACGACAUGUAGUGUACUAUUGAGUAUUAUGCAGGAAGGGUU